AUGAGUGAAAAAUCUGGAAAGUCUGGCAAAAACAGCGAGCAGCAGGAAGAAAUGGAAACAGAUACUUCUAAAGAAGAUCAACCCCGGGCGCAAAAGCAGUUGCAAAUUGAAAGACAGUUGAAAUGUUUGGCCUUCCAAAACCCUGGACCACAGGUUGCUGAUUUUAAUCCUGAAACUCGAAAACAAAAGAAGAAAGCUUACAUGUCCCAGAUGAAUGGGUACUACUCUACCAACAAGGUUUCAGUUAAAAAGUAUGACAAGCAAGGAAAACUCCUGUGCAAUAAUCAGGAUUUGUGUGACUGUUUGGAGGAGAGCUGCCAAGGAUGUUUCUAUCCAUGCCCAAAAUGUAGCUCCACCAAGUGUGGUCCAGAGUGCCGCUGCAACAGGAAGUGGGUCUAUGACAGAAUCCAAACAGAGGCUGGAGAUAUUAUUAGCAAGCUGCCAUUUUAUAUCCCUGAUUAAUUAUAUUGGAUUCUAGUCACAAGCAAUGUG